AUGGAGUCUAAUGCGCUUCUCGAGGCUGCGAUUGCGUGGCAUCGUGAUUUCGAAGAUCGCCCGCCGGAUGCCCACCUCUGCUGUCCAAAAAUCGACGAGGACGAUACUUCAAUUUACGAUGAUCCUGGCCCCGACGAAGGCGGAACGACUGCCGAAGAGAAGCAGCGCCGGAUCGAAGAAUACGAAACGAGGUUUCAGAAUGUCUACAAUCUCAGCAUUUUGAUGGGUCUCGGGAGAGAGGUUGCUGGAGAAUGGUUGGACAAUUGGACACAGACCGUGGAGGCCUGCCUUAUGCACUGCGACCAAUGCGUGAGGAACUGGCAUAGAAACCGGGACUCCUACCUCAAGGGCUUACAUCUGGCCCCGGAAAUGGUUGAUUAUAUGCGCAAGGUGCUGGAAGAUUUCGACAAGCAACGCAUCGACAAGGGCCUGAAGCGAGCGAGAGAAAUUCUCGAGACCCAAGGCCCUAUGACGACGGCCAAGUUGGUUGGACACGAUACAUCCGCUGUCUUGGCCCUUUUCGAGGCACUUUGUAGCUUCGAGUAUGCCACCCGCCCAGAAAGUGCAGAGAACUUCACGUAUGUUUUCGAGCACACACAACAAAGGCGCCCGUUGCGCAUGCAGGGCGGCCUCAUUCCGACAAUGACCUACUUCCUCUUCGACGAGUCCUCGACAUCGUACAAACAGAGAUUUGCGGAGUGCGCCUGGGAGAAGCGGACACCGGGCUCCAUCUCGGAUCAAGAAUGGGAUUGGGCUAUCUCUCCUUAUUUAACUACUGCGAUCCAAAGGUCAUCCCUUGCAAGAGGGAUGCCGACGCCGGAUAAGAUCCGAAGGUUCUGGCACGGCUUCUCUUUCGUUCUUCGAGCGUUGAGCGAAAAACAAAUCAUCAACUUCCUCCGGGCUAUGGAGGUAACCCCGAGUGUUUAUUUCCUUGCGAUAGAACACUUUUCCACGGACUCAGAUGAAGCCUUGUCCAUGAUUCUGUCGAGUCUCCAAGCCCUCAUGGAGAAGUCACCGAGCGCCUUUUGGUCCGCGUUCGAUCAAGUGACCCCCAGCCAACUAGUCGAGGAGAUUUUCAAGAGCCCGGCUUUCCGACGCUUCUUAAGCAAAUCAUUGGUACCGGACAGGAUGGUCACCGAGGGAGAAACACAGAGCCCGAUUUUGGCUGUUUGGAUGAGGGCGUUCAUCCGCUCGCUGCCUUCGAUGCAGCGGUCGGAUGUCUGCGAAUCGCUCUUGCGGCACCUCUUCGAUACCUUCCGGCGAGACCCCAGCAGCGACCGAGCCGCUCAAGCUACUUGCACUCUCGCUGGUUUAGUUACCCUCAGCGAGUCGCUUGAUGGCUACCUGCAUGGGGAAGACGACUUUGAUACCGGCACCGCACUGAUCAUGGUCAACCAGCUGCUCAACCGCGUGGUGCAGUACAGCGAGGUGAUCAUCACCGCCGCUAGCCUCAAGCCCGGCGACACGUUUAACGUCGGCAUCUCCAAGACGGCUAUGGGUAUCAUACAUUCCGCACUUGCGCUAGAUGCAAAAGCAACUGAAAUCGAAUGGAAGGCCUUGAUCAAGGGAAUUCCAGUGCAGGACGCAGUGAAUCGCGACUCGGGGAAGUUGUGGGAAUGCUUCUUGGAGAUGCUCUGGUACGGGCAACUCGGCCACGUCGAGCUGGCGGAAGCCAUGCUGAUGGCGACGUUGCGCCUCAGAAGCAUCGAGAGGUUCAUUCCCAAGCGGAAAGAACAGCUUAAACGUGAGCAGCAAAAGUUCAACGAGAGGUAUCAGCAGCAGACGACGGCAAUUGGAAGAAUGCUUGGUCGUCUGUCAGAUUUCAAGCAGGAGGACCUGAACAAGUUUUGCUCUGGUCCGCAGAGCCCGACCAUCCAUCCCAUCGUAUCGACACUAAUCCACGGUGAGGAAACCAUCCGUGAGGCUGGUUUCGAGUUACUCAAAGCGACCACUGGCGAAAGCCUACCGUCUGAAGCAGUAGAGAAGAUGCUGGAGAGCCACUUCGGUUCUUUCCUAGAUUCGUUCACGGAAGCGGUGAACAGAGUUACCGCAAGGAAGGAUGCUAGUAGCCCUUGGAGCCAUAUGCUCCCAACACUGAAAUGCUGCGAGUUUGUGUUGAACGGCUUGUGCGAUCCCUCCGCGGGUCAGUUGCGACGCAGAACCCUGAGUCAAGAGGAACACGCUGCCGUUAAGCGUUGGUGGGAAUGCGCUUGGCAAACUGUCCAUCACUCAUUUAGGAUGAUGAGGAUAUGGCACGAAAAAGUCGACAAAAAAAUCAUGGAAGACUUUUGCCGAGACGUGAUGGAGCUGGGCAACAAGCUCUUUGCUCAAGACGGAGUCGUGGCCUCCGCUCUGAGCCAACACAGCGGUGACGAUGCUGCACAAACGAACGGGGAGGCCACAGCAAACGCUAUGAGAAGCGUCCUAGCCCCCCCGAGAAAGUAUGCAUUUUCCCUCGCCGACAUGUUGCAGCUUAGAGACAAGUACCUCAUCGCGGGCAUCAUCGAGAUGGUAAAAAAGCUGCUUACAAGGCUGCAACAAAAUGACAUGGAAUUGCCGCGUGACGCUACGGCACACCUUGGCAGCAUGCUGAAGAGGAGGAAGCUUUCUGACGGCCGGGUGGACUAUCUCCAAAAAACAAAUCUGACCAAUGAGCAACGCAUCGAGCUGCUCAAGGCGCUUGGGGAGGAUGCUGUGAUCGAGGAACAGUUCAUGGGCAGCAAACCUGGCGAUAAGGAUGGCAAGGAGCGGUUGAAGCAAAGCAAGAUUGACUUCUCUAAGGGGGCGCUCAGUGUUUCCGGGGCGCACAAGGACCGCUUCGCCGACAUUACCCCCAACUUCGAGAAACGGGGGUCGGCCCUGUUGGCAAAGCUGACGGAGGAAGGAGGGGCAACAAAGCCCAAACCGCCACCCAAGCUCGACCAGAAGGCCAUUCUUGCCAAUCAGAUGUCUAUCAAAGAGGCAAGGGCACGGGAAAAGGCCGAGAAAGCAAAGAGGGAUGCAGAGGCGAUUGCCAAAGCAAAGGCUUUGCGGGCCCCGCCCAAAACGGUACCCGGAGAAGGUUCCGGCCUCCUUGGCGUGGCUGGUGUCCGAGGUAAAGACCAUGCUCCUGUUGUCAAGGACGAGAUCAUGGUGGGAUCCUCCUCGGAAGAGGAGGAUGAUUCUGAAGACGAGCGGAUAGCGCUCAAAGCCAAGGCCGGGAACAAGAAUCUCAGCGACCAUGAGCGUCGACGCCUGCUUAUGAUGGCCGAGAAGCGAGGCCCCGUGAAGAAGGUUAAGCUGCAGAGAUCGGCAAAGGACAUGCGUGCCCGCUUGAUUCCUCCCAUGGACGUCCUUCAUCAGGCCAUCCUGGAAUGGGACAUUUUCCACGAGGGCAACGACCCCCCCAACGGGUACCGGUGCGAGGGCGUCUCGGAUGCCUACACCGACCCGUCCAGCUACAAGCAGACUUUCUUCCCCCUACUCAUCAACGAAGCAUGGCGUUCGUUCGUGACGUCGAAGGACGAAGCCACGUCGAAGCCGUUCAACAUGAAGGUGCUGAGUCGCAUGACUGUCGACAAGUUUAUGGAAGUUACCGCGUCGGUACCGGCCAAUACUAGCAGAGAGCGGGGCUUGUCAGAAGGGGACAUCGUCAUCGUUUCAAGGGGAGAGGAUCCGCUUAAUCAGCCCACGGAGUUGCACUGUCUCUCGCGUAUCUGGAAGACCACGUACAAGAAGGACAUUGUCGAAGUUGUUUACCGGCUCAACGCCAGGGGCAACCAGAUCUUGCCGGCCCUUCUUCCGGGUGCGGAAUUUCACGUUGUCAAGAUCACAAACAUGACAACGAUCGAACGCGAGUACGCAGCAUUGGAAAGCCUGCAGUACUACGAUCUGAUGGACGAAGUGCUCAAGGCCCAGCCGUCUCCGAUGCUCACCUUCAGCGAUGAGGCGAUCAAGGGGGUGAUGAAUAAUUACCAACUGAACCUCGGCCAGGCGCGUGCUAUCUUGAACGCGAAGGAGAACGAUGGUUUUACUCUGGUCCAGGGUCCUCCGGGCACUGGAAAGACCAAAACUAUUGUUGCCAUGGUCGGCUCUCUCAUGACGGGCGUUCUUAAACCCUCCAAUGGUGGUGCUGUGCCGCUCACUCGCCCUGGAGCUCCGCCGACGGGACAAGCGCCUUCGAAGAAGCUCCUGGUUUGUGCCCCCAGCAACGCUGCCGUGGAUGAACUCGUGCUACGUCUGAAGGGGGGGAUAAAGACAAUGACCGGAGCAUCUCACAAGAUCAAUGUCUUGCGUCUGGGCCGGAGUGAUGCGAUCAAUGCUGCCGUCAAAGAUGUGACGCUCGACGAGUUAGUUAAAGCUCGGAUGGACACCGAGAUGAACAACAGCGGUCCCAGCGACCGUGAGAAGCUGCAUCAGGAGGCGGGGGCGCUCAAGGAGAAGAUCUCGGAGCUGCGUCCGCAGUUGGAGGCUGCCCGAGCCAGCGAUAAUCGCACUUUCACCAUGAAACUACAGCGCGAGUUUGAUGAUCUGAAGCGUCGCCAAGCACACAUCGGUGCCAAGAUCGAUGCUAACAAAACCAACGGGAACACAUUCGCGCGUGAGGUGGAGAUCAAGCGCCGGCAGAUCCAACAGGAUAUCCUCGACAAAGCUCACGUUCUGUGUGCCACGCUGAGCGGUAGUGGCCACGAGAUGUUCAAAAACCUCAACGUGGAGUUUGAAACGGUCAUCAUUGACGAGGCAGCGCAGUGUGUGGAGCUGAGCGCUCUCAUUCCCCUCAAGUAUGGCUGCUCCAAGUGCAUUCUGGUCGGUGACCCGAAGCAAUUGCCCCCCACGGUGCUCUCCCAGUCGGCCGCGAGAUAUGGGUACGACCAGAGUUUGUUCGUGCGCAUGCAGAAGAACCACGCUAAGGACGUGCACCUGCUUGACAUGCAGUAUCGUAUGCACCCGGAGAUCAGCAAGUUCCCCAGCAAGGAAUUCUACGAGGGCCUGUUACAAAACGGCGCCGAUAUGGCCCGGCUUCGCGUGCAGCCAUGGCAUCAAAGCGAACUCUUGGGUCCGUACCGGUUCUUUGAUGUCAAGGGUUCUCAGUCUCGCGGCCCCAAGAACCAGUCACUGGUCAACGAGGAAGAGCUCAAGGUGGCCAUGCAACUCUACAAGCGAUUCCGGACUGACUAUAGCGGGGUCGAGUCGAAGGGCAAGAUCGGCAUCAUCACGCCGUACAAGGCUCAGCUGUUCAGACUCCGCCAGCGAUUCACUGACGCAUACGGCGAGGGCAUCACCCAGGAUAUCGAGUUCAACACCACGGAUGCUUUCCAGGGCCGCGAGUGUGAGAUUAUUAUUUUCUCUUGCGUUCGAGCCAGUCCGACUGGUGGUAUCGGUUUCAUGACGGAUAUCCGUCGUAUGAACGUCGGUCUGACCCGUGCCAAAUCAUCGCUGUGGAUUCUGGGUGACUCCCGCGCGCUGGUGCAAGGUGAAUUCUGGAACAAACUCAUCCAGGAUGCGAAACAGCGCGACCGCUACACAGGGGGCGACAUUAUGUCUCUGCUGGAUCAACGUGGGCGCCAGGUGCCGCUGGAAUACCCGAUUGCGCAGCCCUCCGAGUUGCCUCAAAAUCUGCAUGCUAUGGACUUGGAUGACGAUGCGAGUGCACAUCGCCAUCGUGCCUCAGAGAUGGACACCCCCGCACGUCAAGGCCCCGGUGCAGCCAGACCGCAGCAGGCAGGUCCCUCCACCCCUGCUCCCGCCGCCCUCCCAUACCGCGGGUCAGGAAUUGGGGGCCUGAACGAGCGUGGCGAGGCCACAACGAUGUUGCCGAGGGGUGGAGGUGCGCCCAUUAUCCAGUCUACAGCUGGAUCAGCUGGGAAAAAACGAGCACGGGACGACCAUGACGAUGGCCGUCCCGGCCCCAAGAAGGCGAACACUGGCCCAGAACGAGGCCGCUCGAACGCGCCGGGCGGCCCCGGCAAGCCCAGAAACCCUCCGCCUGCCGUUGACCCUUCUGCGAUGGAGGUGCUGGGUCUCGUACCUCCGGAACGGGCGCCAGCCCAACCAUCACAACAGGGUCAACCUCGUAUUCGACCGCCCAACGGUCCUAGGCCGAAUGCAGGCCCGGGAGCGAAGAAAGGACCCGAUCCGUUCAUCAGGCGGAAACCGGGUAAACGCUGA